AUGAUUAUUUUUUACACAUGUCUUUUCUCUCUCUUUGAUUACCCCUCACUCUCACUAUCUUUACUCACACUUUUCUCUUUCUCUCUCUCUCUCUUUAUCUUUCUCUCUCUCUAUCUCUUUCUCUUUCUUUCUCUUUCUCUCUCUCUAUCUCUAUCUAUAUAUCUAUCUAUCCAUGUGUCUCAACUGUCAUAUUUGUCUCAUUCUGCUCCACCAACCGCUCUUCCCCACCACUUCCUUUCUUUGCCGAAGAACUGCUCUUUCUCUUACCUCCUCUUAUUUUCUCUCUCCGUCUCAUUUUUCCCUUUCAUUUCAUUCUCCUCCACCACCCACAACUCUACAAACGCUAAAAUCAUAUCCAUUAACGUUACUAAAGAACCAUCUCCCAAUAUGGCGAUACGUCCGUUUCUGGAACGCACUUAUUCGACCACACCCCCGUAUGCCAUAUACUGUGUCCAAAGUUUGUAG